AAAAAAUAAAGCAGCCGUACCGCCACCGCGAAUCCUCCCGCUGGUAUUUUUGUAAAAAAAAAAAAAAUUGUGCCACAGUCUGCCCCCGCUGAGAACCCUGCAAACCCACAAGAACACUACUUCCACCUGUCCAUCUCCAUGGGAGCUGGGUGGCCAUGGAGCAUGGACCAGCAUGAGGUUACGGCAUGGCAGGGGGACCCCGGGCGCUGCAUCUGCGCACGUGGCGAGACCCGGCUGUCGCCGUCGCCGAGUUGCUCGCCAGGUCCCUGCCCCGGUCCGCGUCCGCCUCCACCUUCACCUUCACCUCCACCAUCCGAUGGGCGGGCCCCGCUUGCUGCUCUGCUUCGACGCCGUUACUCUCCCGGCGCAAUUCGCCGCUAGAAAUCGUGGUGGCGUGGCGGUGUGGGACGGCGUGACGGGAUUCGUUACGGGGUCCCAACCUUUCCCCCAUGUCUCCGUCCCGUUCAUUGAUUCACCUCUCCUCUUCUCCGUCGUCUAAUCCAAAAUUCGCUGUUAAUUCUUUUGAAAUUUUUUUAGUUUUUCGUCGAUAUAUUCGAUUUCUACGUGCAGGUUUCGUCACUCCACUCUCUCGUGGGCCACCACUCGGUAGCGAUCGAGCACCGGGAAGACAGAGAACGCCGCGAGGGCGACGAAAUCAUACCGGUAAUUCCAUCCGUCGCUCGAUGAAAUGCGGAGCAGAAGAUUACGCCGCUACCUUCCUUAAUCCUCUCGCUCCAGUCAUUAGCAGCACAUUGACACUUGAAGGUGUUCGAAGAGCGCUAGAGAAGUACUUGGGGAUGAACACAUUUUUCAUCGGUGUUCAUAAAAGGUUGUUUGGAGGAGGAGGUUAGAAGCUGCCAUGACUGGUGACUUUCUGCAGCAGCUUCAUCAAGAACAUUAGCACCAAUGUAACUCCUUUCACUAAUUAGCUUAAGAAAGGAGAGAUCCACUGGACUAAUUUUUUCCUCUUUAGCAUUUCAAGAAUAAAGAAAAAAAUGACUAAUGUCCCCAUCCAAACAUCCCAACCUCUCUAAAACAUUCUAAAUAGUCUGUGAUGCGUUUGGAAUAAGAAUUGGAGGUACCUUGAGCCAAGAAGGAAACCUCUAUGCUUUUAGCAAAAAAAAAAAAAAAAAAAACCAAUGAAACUUGACUACGCUACUAUACGUGUGAUAAAAAGUUUUAUUCUAUGAUCCUAUCUAGAACAUUCCGUGUCUUGAGUGCCAUGAUUCAUGUAAUUCACAUCUGUGUAAUAUAUUUAUUUAUUUGUUUAUUACACAGGUCUUUAGGUUUACUAUCAAAGAGUUCAAUUCCACAUAGUUCUUAGUCUUGAGUUCUUUAUGCUAUUUGGUGCUUUUAAAGUGCAAUUUGGUGAAUUCUGAUCUUCACUCUUUUCUCAGUAAACUUUUGAGAUAUUGCACCCUUAUUUUGUUCCUUAAACCCCUUGAGAAGCCAUACUUUCCAUCCUAACUGCUUUC